ACGGGGCGGACGGGGCGGGAAAGACAGGCGUGAUAGACCGGAUGCACGCCUCGUUGGCCAUGAUCCUCGGAUGCUUGCACACGGCGGCCAUCAAUUGGGAUUGGUUCUUCGACAGCCCGACAUCGGCGCGCGACGCCGUGACCGACUACUUCCCGCGCGCGGAAUACCUGGACCUCCUCGACGCAGACACCAGGACGGCCAUCGAGCGCCUCACGACCGCGAGCCACGACAUCCACCUGCCGCCAACCGCCGCCGGCGCCGGCGGCGGCGACGAUGACACGAUCGGGCCGCCCGCGCACACCGCGUGGUCCUACCGCACCGCCGCGGAGCAGACAAAGUACUGCUUCGCCGAGCGCGCCGUCGGCCGCAUCAGGGGCUUCAUGGUGACCCUCCCGUCGCGGUGCGUUUGUGGGCCCGACCUGGUCGAGGGCCUGCGCGCCCGCGAGCCCAUGGCCAUGUUCGUCCUGCUGUACUGGGGCGUGCUGCUCGACGGCUGCGCCGCGGACCCGUGGCUGUGGUGGGCCGGCGCGACGACGGGGCGAGACGUGGUCGCGGAGACGUCGGCGGUUCUCGCUCGGUCGCCCGCCUACGGGCUGGAGGAUGUGCGCGAGGGCAUCGCAUGGGCGAGAGGACAGGUCGGAUUGGGGGUGCUCGAUGCUGCCGCCGCCGCCUAUUGAAUCCUUGUCGUGGCCGUAGCUAGUACAUUUCGACAGACGUUGACCGUCGUUGGCGACAUAAUAGCAAACAUCUGUCUAGCACCACCGACGUUGAGUGCAGUACGGACGUAUAUACCGUAAAG